CGAUUGGUUUGGGUUGAUUCAUGUCGCGAUUUGCUGACGCCGAGGAAGAUGAGACGGUGGCGGUGCUGGUGACGCCUGUGACGGCCAUGGGAGAGACGUACGAGCCGAAUGUGGAGGCCACACAGGUAGAUAUUGAAGAGGAGGAAGAGGUCGAGAUAGAAGGCGUGCCUACGCCUGUGGACCCGGUCCCAGUCGUCGUUCCCGGUGGCUCCUCCUGGGCAAAGAUCGCAGCCUUGGAUGAACCCGUGGAUGGUCCGCUGGUGUGGGCUGGACCAGGUAUGGGUCCUGGAGGCAUGCACGGCGAUAUUGCCAACAAGGACAGCAUUGGCGAGGAGGAAGUCCAAGGUGGGGAUGGUGCUGGUGCGGAUGUGGACGGCAUGGGUGCACAAGGCGGGAAGAAGGUCUCGUUUGCUGGCGAGGAGAACCUGCUCGAGCGGCUGGUGGUCGACUCGGGCGCGCUGAUCAAGGGCGCCAACUUGCGUGACAUGGCCAAGACCUUCUACACGGUGCCCGAGGUGGUGCAGGAAAUCAAGGAUCGGCACUCGCGGAAGCAGAUGCGCCUCAUGCCCGACGAGCUUGUUGUACGCGAGCCGUCGGCCGAGGCCGUUGCUGCCGUCGCCAACUUUGCCCGCAAGACCGGCGACUUUGCCGCACUCUCGGUCGCGGAUCUCAAGGUCAUUGCGCUUACCUGGCAGUACGAGUACGAGUUUAACGGGACGGCAAACCUCAAAACCGAGCCGCAGUCUUCGUGGCGCGGCUCGCUUUCAAAGGCUGCCAAGGCGCAGGUCAGCACCGAAGCUGAGCGGAAGGCAAAGAAGACCGCGCGCAACCGGGCGCGCCGCCGGGCGCGCCAGCGGCGCCGCGCCGCAGCCAGGGAGAGGAAGGCUGCCCUCGAGGCCAAGGAGGCCGCGCCUGAUGCACCCGCUGAGGAUGCAGUCGAGGGCGCCGAGGAUAAGCCCGCAGCUGGAGUCGAAGCCGACGAUCAAGACGAGGCCGAGCCAGCCGCGCCAGCCGAGCCGAAGAACGAGGCCAAGGCCGAGUCCGGGAGCAAGGGCAAGGGCAAGGGCGAGGGCAAGGGCAAGGUUGCGACCAAGACUGCGCCGACCUCGCCUUUUGACGUCUUCAUUUCGCCGGCUAACUUUAAGGUCAUCAUGGGCGACCGGACGGUGACAAGCGCGUCGUCGCUGGCGGGCCAGGUCGGUGUCGUCACCACAGACUUUGCCAUGCAGAACGUGAUCCUGCAGCUUGGGCUGCGGCUGGUCUCUAUCGACGGCAUGGCGAUCGGCAAGGUCAAGCAGUUUGGCAAGCGGUGCCACGCGUGUGGCGCCAUCGAGCUCAACGCUGAGCGCAUCUUUUGCGGAACAUGUGGUAACCAGGCGCUCAUCAAGGUGGCCAUCGAGGUCGGUGCCAACGGCAAGGUCAAGCUCCGCGGCGGCUACCGCAAGAACUACAACUUGCGCGGGACCAAGUACUCGAUCCCCAAGCCCAAGGGCGGUAAGAAGGGUGAGGACAUGGUGCUCCGUGAGGACAUGCUCCACAAGACCGGCAUCAACUGGCAGCGGUCGGGCAAGAAGAACUCGGUGCUCGACCCGGACGUCAUGACGCACUUUACCGGCGCCAAGGCCAAGACCAAGCGUUACGCCCGGUCGAAGAUCGGCUACGGCAAGCGCAACCCGAACGAGUGGGCCAAGCCCAAGGGGCGUUAAAACCUACACGUAGACAA